CUUAGUUUCUAUUCUAUUGUCUUUGGAUCUCUCUCAAAGGAAUACCCCAACUCUCUUUGGUCUUUUGCCCAAAAACCAACCAAAAAAAUUGAAAAAAAGAAAGAAAGAAAGUUACUUUGUUUUUCUUUCUCUCUUUCAAAACCCCAAACCCUCAUACCCCUUUUGAUAUUUCUUGCCAAGAUCUAGCAAAGAUCGGUUGUUGAAUGGAUGAAGCAAAAGAGAAGGGUGGUUCAGGGAGUAUUGUUACGGAAUCUUUAGUAACUGUUAGUGAAACUGCGGUUGAGACAAUGGCUUGUGAGGGUCAAGUUCAGAUUGAGGAAGGAGUGGAAGGAGGUCCUAUUAAUGGAGAUGAUAUAAUGGUGGAGGUUUUGGGUUCUCAUGUUUAUGUUGAUGGUAUUUGUACUACUGAUGGGGGAGGUGGAGGUGGAGGUGGGGUUGGGGGUGAUUCAAAUGAUGAAGCUGUUUGUGGUCAUGAUGAGCCAGGUGAAGUUGGUUUGGAGGGUAAUUUGACUAGUUUAGAUGGUGAAGAUGAUACAGCUGGUGAUUUGGGUUCAAGGAGCGAGGUUUCGUGUGGUGAAACAUUGUCAGCAAUUGAGAGGGGUAAGGCUCAGAAUGAGGUAAAUGGAGCUGGGAUUGAAGGUUCUAGUGCACCUGAUAGUUCUGCAGGGGGAGAAGCUUGUCAGAAUGCAGAGCCUUCUAGCAGAAUGGAUAAAGGUGGGGGAGAUGCAAAUCAAGCUCGGGAGACACAAAAAGUUGGUGAUUUGGAUGGCAAUGAAUUAAAUCAUGAAAACCAGAGUGCAGUUGUAUGUUUGUCAGCUGCUUCUGAAGAUUCAAAUGUGCAAACUCAAGCUGUCAAUGAAGCUCCAAUGACUAUUGAUGGGGAAGAUUUAAAUACCACAGAUGGUGCUCGUGAAACUAUAUCUGGACGAACAAAGAAAGCUGCUGAUGUUGAUGCAGACUCCAAUUCCUUGGACGUGAAGACACAGGUUACUGUUGAAGAUGUUCCCCACUGUGAAGCUAAAGAUUUGGUAUCCUCGAUUCAGCCAACUGAAUUGGUUGUUGAAGGUCAAUUGGACGAGAAGGUUAGUUUGAACAUGGAAAUUGACAAGCAGGGUACUGAUUCUGAGCAAUGCCAGAUGGAAGUUAAUACUUCUCACCAGAUCAUUAAAAAUCAUGCUACAGGAAAUGACCUAAGCUUAAAGGCUGGCACAGACAUUGACAGGGGAGAGGAAGUUGAUUUAUGUAUGGGGGAAGCAGUGGAUGUUGAAAACCAGAAUUCUGAUGCCAAAAUUGUUGGUUCUGAUGCAGAGCAAGAUGUUAAAGUUCAAGAAGAUUCUAUUAAAGUUGAGACAGUGGGCAUUGGCACUGAAAAUCACAAAAAUGCAUGUGAAGGUUCAGAAUUGUUGGGUCACCAAAAAGAUGCAUUUGUUGGUAGUGAUGGAGGUGAAGUAUUGAAAGUCAAUAACAAUGUUUCAAACCAAAUAUCUACCUCUGUUGCUUCAGAUAAGGUAUUACAUUCCUCGGGAAAUGAAGAUCAGCUAGCUAAGAGUUCAGUUUCUGAGGAUGAUUCAAGUGUAGGGCAAGAUUUGUAUGUUGAAGAACAAGUUACUGGUGCUGAACAAGAUGGUUUAGACCAAGUGCAAGAAAUGGAAGUUGAAGAACAUGAUACUGAUUCUGAACAGCCAACUAACAUUGAUGAAAAGACUGUCAAACGGACAGUUCUAAAGUGUGCAAGUGCAGUAAAGGUCCAUCAAGCUAAGUACCUGCUGCUGUCAGAGGAAGAAGGUGAGUUUUCUGUGUCUGGUUUAGUCUGGGGUAAGGUGAGGAGCCAUCCAUGGUGGCCAGGACAAAUAUUUGAUCCAUCAGAUGCUUCUGAGAAGGCAGUGAAGUAUCAUAAGAAGGAUUGCUUUUUGGUUGCCUACUUUGGGGAUCGAACUUUUGCUUGGAAUGAAGCAUCUCUUUUGAAGCCAUUUCGAACUCAUUUCUCUCAGAUAGAGAAGCAGAGUAAUUCGGAGUCAUUCCAGAAUGCGGUCAAUUGUGCUUUGGAAGAAGUCUCUAGACGGGCAGAGCUGGGUUUGGCUUGCUCUUGCAUGCCACAGGACGCCUAUGACAAGAUAAAAUUUCAAAAAGUUGAGAAUACGGGAGUUCGGCAAGAAUCAAGUAUAAGAGAUGGUGUUGAUGUGUCUUUGAGUGCUAGUUCUUUUGAACCUGACAAAUUAGUUGACUAUAUGAAAGCCUUAGCAGAGUCUCCAUCUGGUGGGGGUGAUCGGCUUGACCUUGUAAUUGUUAAAGCCCAAUUGUUGGCAUUCUAUCGUUUAAAAGGUUAUCAUCAACUGCCAGAAUUCCAAUUCUGUGGAGGGUUAAGUGAAAAUGAAGCAAAUACCUCACAUUCUGAAGAGAAUAUGUACUUUGGCGAGGAAAUUGAGCAUACUACACCUAUGGAUACAGAUGCGGAGCAAAUUUCCACUGGCCAGGAGACUUCAAUGUCUCAGAGAAGCUCUUACCUUAAACGUAAGCAUAAUCUGAAGGAUGGAUUAUAUCCUAGUAAAAAGGAAAGAAGCUUGUCUGAAUUGAUGGAUGAGACAUUUGAUUCUCCUGAUGUUGAAAAUGGGACUGAUGGGAUAGCUAAUAGGCUCCCUUCAUCAUCAUCUGGCAAGAAAAGAAAGGCUGUUGAUUCUUUUGACGACUCAGUGGUGCAGGAAGGGAGGAAGACAAUUUCCCUUGCCAAAGUGUCUUUAACCACACCCCAUUUCCCAAAGCCAUCCUUUAAAAUUGGUGAAUGUAUCCGUAGAGCUGCUAGCCAAAUGACUGGAUCUCCGUUGAUUCCAAAGGGUAAGCUUGAUGGAGGCAGUGAAAAUACUGCUGCAGAUGGGUAUGAUGUUCCCUUUGAUAAUUCUGAAGAUGCCCAGCGAAAGAGGAUGAAUGUUACAGCUGAAUACUCAUCACUAGACGAGUUGCUAUCACAACUUCACUUGGCAGCAUGUGAUCCGAUGAAAAGUUACAGUUCUUUUAAUAUUUUUAUUAGCUUCUUUUCUGAUUUCAGAGAUUCAUUGGUUGUGGAUCAGCUUCCUGGGGACAAAGCAGGUGGCAAAAGGAAGAAGUCACCCAAUUCUAUCAUUGGGUUUCCAGAAACUUUUGAGUUUGAGGACAUGAAUGACACUUAUUGGACUGACAGAAUAGUCCAAAAUGGUUCUGAAGAGCACCCAUUACACGGAAAUGGAAGGGGACAAUAUCAAAUUGUGCCUGUUGAAUUAGAGAAACCACUUCAAAAAGGCCGUAAGUCACGGAAACGAUAUUCUGAUGUCAAUCACGAUCUGACAGCAGAAAAACCCCCUGGCUAUGUUGAUGAGAGGGCCCCGGCAGAACUUGUUAUGAACUUCUCUGAGAUUAAUUCUGUUCCUUCAGAAACAAAGCUAAAUAAGAUGUUCAAGCACUUUGGACCAUUAAAGGAAUCUGAGACAGAAGUUGAUCGUGAAACCAGCCGUGCCAGAGUUGUUUUUAGAAGAUCAUCUGAUGCGGAAGUUGCCUACAAUAGUGCAGGAAAGUUCAACAUCUUUGGGUCAGUGGCUGUAAAUUAUCAACUCAACUACACUAUAUCUGAAUCAUUCAAAGCUUCAUUGUAUGCUCCGACCCUAGCUGAGGAGACUCCACUCAUGGCUUCAACCCUAGGUGGGGACCAUGGACUUGUUGCCUCAUCACUGAGUGAAACUUCACUCAUUGCCCCAAGCCUAGGCGAGGAAGCUUCUUUCAUGGUUUCAACCCUUGGUGAGGACACUUUAUCCAUUGCUACUACUUUCCAUGAGGAAUCUUCGAUGAUAGCCUCAUCCUUAGGUGACGACACUUUGGCCAUUUCCACAACUUUAGGUGAUGGAGCUUCAAUCAUUGCCACAACCAUGUAUGAGGAAACAUUGCCCAUUGCCUCUACCACAGGUGAGGGAACUAUGGGUGUUGCUACAACUAUUGGUGACCAAUCUUUUAUGGUUGCCACAACUGUAGGUGAACAAUUUUCAACAGUUGUUACAACUAUUAGUGAGCAAACCUCAGCAGUUGCCACAACCAUGGGUGAGGAAGAUUCAUUUAUAACCACAACCUUGAGCAAAGAAACUUCAACCAUCACCACAACUUUGGGUGGGGAAACCUCAAUGGUUAAUGUAAGUCUAGAUGAGGAAACUUCAAGCAUGGCUACCUUAGGUGAAGAAACUCUUAGCAUUCCCGCAAGCUUGGGUGAAGAAACUCCUAGCAUUCCCACAAGCUUGGAUGAAGAAACGCCUAGCGUUCCCACAACCUUGGGUGAAGAAACUCCUAGCAUUCCCACAACCUUGGGUGAAGAAAUUCUUACCAUUCCCUCAACCUUGGGCGAAGAAACUCCUAUCUAUCCUGUGACCUUGGCAGAAGAAACCCCUACCAUUACCAUAACCUUGGGCCAAGAAACUCCUGACUUACACACAACAUUGGGUGCAGAAACUCCAGUCAUUCCUUCAACCUUGGACAAAGAAACUCCUGUCAUUCCUCCAACCUUGGGUGAAGAAACUCCUGCCAUUCCUCCAACCUUGAGCGAUGAAAUUUCGACCAUCACUGUAACCCUGGGUCAGGAAACUCAGACCAUUCCUACAAUUGUCGCUGAGGAAACUACAACCGUUCUUGCAACCUUGGUUGAGGAAACUACAACUAUUCCUACAACCUUGCAUGAAGAAACUCUAGCUGUUCCCACAACCUUGGCUGAGAGAACUCCAACUAUUCCCACAACCUUGGGUGAGGAAACUGCGACUAUUCCCACCACCUUGGGCAAGGAAACUGAAAGUAUUCCCAAAACCUUGGGUGAGGAAACUUCAACUAAUUCCACAACCUUGGGUGAGGAAACUUCUACUAUUCCAACAACCUUGGCUGAGGAAAUUCCAACUAAUCCGACAACCGUGACUGAGGAAACUUCGACUAUUCCCACAACCUUGGGCGAGGAAACUGUGGCUAUUCCCACAACGUUGGGUUUGGAAGCUUCGACUGUUCUUACAACUACAGGUGAGGAACCAUCAACUGUUUCCACAACUAUGGGAAUGGAGACUUUGCCCCCUGCUGUGGCUGAAGGUGAGGAAUCUGCCACUUAAUAUCGUCACUGUCAAAAGUUACCUGGAAAUUUCAGGGGGAGAAGAGGUGUAAAGAUAAUGAAAUUACUAGAUCUAUAUAUGCCACCACUAAGUGGAAAUGGUAGUAAUAGGAGCAGCUGCUAUUCUACAUUUUGAGAGGCUGAAGUGAAUAGAUCUCUGAGCUAAUUGGGCGCGAACACAUCCUGAAGUUCUGAUGUUGGUAUGGUGCUGGUAGGGUUGAUUCAACUUGCCACUGAAGACGGCAAUAAGACAGACAGCUCCAUUGGUGCAACUUGAAUCUUCAGCUCGGAUUCUUUCUUUCUUAAAUUAUGCUAUAAGCUGCAUGGUGUUUAUCCACAUGCUCCGGCUAGUGUAAUAUAGUAGCAUUUUAGAUGACCUUUUCAUGGAUGCUAUCCCUGAGGACUAGGAGAAUUGCAUUGUAGAAUCAAGCUGCCUAUCUGUUUUUUAUGCCUCCUUAUCAUGCAUGUAUUGAAAUUGCUGCCCCAGCUUAUGCUUUGGUUCCUCAUCUGAGUUUUUCCAGGCAUGAGAAUUUAUAUCUUUGAUGAAUAGAGCAUGAGGCUUAUAUUCCACUCUUUGCUA